AUGGCAACCGAGGCCUACCCGGGCCUGGACGAAGCGCUCCGGCGGGUCGUCCCGCCGCUGCCGCCCUACGAGACCCGCGAGAAGGCGGCGGCGCCGGCCGGGGCGGCGCUGGAGCAGCGGAGCGCCGAGUUCAUGCGCUUCUACCGGUCGCUGGGCGGCGGCGGCGGCGGCGGGGCGCGGGCCGAGCUGCUGCGGCGCCUGGCGGGCGACUUCGGCGUGGAGCACGGGCGGGUGGCGGAGGGCAGCGCGCGGGUGCUGCGGCUGCAGGAGGGCGAGCCCGGCGCGCUGCUGCAGGCCGAGGACCGGCUGCGCCACGCGCUGACCCCGCGCUACCGGGGC